AUGUUAAGAGUGAUAAUUGGUAUAUAUUUAAUUGAGAUUAAGGAUAAAUAUUAUUCUGAUAAUCUCAAACGUCGUAAAUACUUGAAUUACCUGAUAAAUUCAGAAAAAAAAAAUAAAAAGAAUAAUAGUUACAUUUUGUUUAACCCCUAUAGAGAUAUUUCGUCUAAAUUAAAUAAUAUAUGCAUACAAAAAAUAAAAGAAAUUGAUACUGAAUCUUUAACAAAGCUUGAAUAAAUAUACGGUUAUUAUAAUUAUUUUAGCAAACUUAAUUGUAAAAAAACAGAAUUUGUGGUAAUUUUAAGAAAUGUUAUAACAUUUACACGAAUAAUUGUGAAAAACAUCAAAAAAGUAGUUAAAAUGCUUUUUGCGAGGAGUUAAUCAAUUGUAAAGAAGCAUUUGCAUGGUAACUCCUUGUACUGUUUUACCACAUAUUUAUCACUUAUGCAAAUAGAAUAUAUAUUUGCUGUCCGUUUAUCCAGAGCUAUCGUAUUACUAGCAUCAUUCUCUUUAUUUUUUCUAUAUAAAUUUACUUUAUUGAAAUCAUGCUUAUAUAAUAGCUUAGUUAUGAAAAAAAUAGUUGAAUUUAAAGAAAAAAGAGAAUCCUUACAAAAUAUAUAUUAA